ACCUGAGAAAAAAAAGUGUCAUAAUUUGUGAAAAACCACAUGAAUAUAGGCGGGCAAGGGAAAAAGUGAAUUUGUAGACUGAGCACCGAUACCAAGAAGCGACCGCCGCCGCCGUCGCCACCACUCACGUCACAACAAUACAGCCUCGGGAGUGAGUGACGGUCAGCUGACGCCUGGCACUCCACAGCGAGCUUGGCUACGAAACAGGGCAGGCAACAGCAUGGCAGAGGAUCGGGAGAUCUUACGGGAGGUGUGGGAUGGCAGAGUGCCAGUGUGUGUGCAGCUGGCCAGUGAGGACUGCAACACUCUCAGUGCCCCCGACCCGUACUACCUGAUGGUGCCUCGGCUCUCUUAUUUCCCUCUCGUUAUGGACAAGGUACGGAAACAUUUCCUGAGGCUUAUUUCCCAAGACCUACAAGAGGCAGAGAUGUGGCUGGAAAGCGAUGGAAUGCCCCUUAAGUGGCACUACCCAGUAGGCGUGUUGUUUGAUCUUCACUGUGGUGGUGCUUCUCUGCCUUGGGCCCUCACUGCACACUUCUCCCACUUCCCUGAACAAGACCUCAUCCGCUGCCCCACAAGGGAGGUUGUGGAGUCGCACUUCAUGUCAUCUCUGAAGGAAGCAGACGGCCUGAAGCACCGAGGGCAGAUCAUCACAAACAUGCAGAGUAAAGACCACAAACAACUCUGGAUGGGCCUGUGCAAUGAUAAGUUUGACCAGUUCUGGGCCAUCAAUCGGAAACUGAUGGAAUCCACCCCAGAGGAAGGAUUCAAGUUCAUCCCAUUCCGCCUGCACUGCCCCUUCCAGGCCCCCAUUCAGCGGCUCAUCCGGCCACUCACUGAGGAUGGCCGCAGGGUGACUCUGGCUGACCUGCUGCUGGAAUUUUUGUCAGUGCCAUCACAGGAAGGUGACCGUGUGAUGAUCCAAGGUAUUGAGGUGCCACAUGACACACCUCUGCAAUGGCUAAGUGAACACCUCAGUCACCCUGACAACUUCCUCCACAUCUGUUACAUUUCUGUCCAGUCUUAAGAGAACCACAUUUUUUUCCUCUUCAUUGCUAAGAAUCAUUGACUCAUAUCUGGAAGCAUUUUGUAUACUGUGAUAUUAGGCUUGUGUUGUCUCAUUUGAUGCCCGACUUGAAUAUGAAUACCAUUUUUUUUAUAUAAUUUCUGAGAUCAGUAUAAUAUUGAAUAAAUGAUGUUAUUGU